AUGCCUCCGUCUCCUUUAGACGACAGGGUAGUGGUGGCACUGUCUAGGCCCGUUCGACCUCAGGAUCUCAACCUUUGUUUAGACUCUAGCUACCUUGGCUCUGCCACCCCCGGCAGUACCAGCCACCCUCCUGUCAUCGCCACCACCGUUGUGUCCCUAAAGGCUGCGAAUCUGACGUAUAUGCCCUCAUCCAGCGGCUCUGCCCGCUCCCUGAAUUGUGGGUGCAGCAGUGCCAGCUGCUGCACUGUGGCAACCUACGACAAGGACAAUCAGGCCCCAACCCAGGCCAUUGCCUCUGGCACUGCCACCACCGCCAUCGGAAGCUCUGCCACCUGUCCUGCCAGCCAGAUGGUCAACAACAGUGAGAAUGCAGGCUCUCUAAGUCCAUCAGGUGGGGUGGGCAGCCCUGUGGCAGGGACCCCCAAACAGCUAGCCAGCAUCAAAAUAAUCUACCCCAGUGACUUGGCCAAGAAGAUGACCAAAUGCAGCAAGAGUCACCUGCCGAGCCAGGGCCCUGUCAUCAUUGACUGCCGGCCCUUCAUGGAGUACAACAAGAGUCACAUCCAAGGAGCUGUCCACAUUAACUGUGCCGAUAAGAUCAGCCGGCGGAGACUGCAGCAGGGCAAGAUCACUGUCUUAGACUUGAUUUCCUGUAGGGAAGGCAAGGACUCUUUCAAGAGGAUCUUUUCCAAAGAAAUUAUAGUUUACGAUGAGAAUACCAAUGAGCCGAGCCGAGUGGUACCCUCCCAGCCACUCCACAUAGUCCUCGAGUCUCUGAAGAGAGAAGGCAAAGAACCUCUGGUGUUGAAAGGUGGACUUAGCAGUUUUAAGCAGAACCAUGAAAACCUCUGUGACAACUCCCUCCAGCUCCAAGAGUGCCGGGAGGUGGGGGGCGGCGCGUCUGCGGCCUCGAGCAUGCUACCUCAGUCCAUCCCCAGCACCCCCGACAUCGAGAACGCGGAGCUGACGCCCAUCUUGCCCUUCCUAUUCCUUGGCAACGAGCAGGACGCCCAGGACCUGGACACGAUGCAGCGGCUGAACAUCGGCUACGUCAUCAACGUCACCACCCACCUGCCCCUCUAUCACUACGAGAAAGGCCUGUUCAAAUACAAGCGGCUGCCGGCCACCGACAGCAACAAGCAGAACCUGCGGCAGUACUUUGAAGAGGCUUUUGAGUUCAUCGAGGAAGCUCACCAGUGUGGGAAGGGGCUGCUCAUCCACUGUCAGGCGGGGGUGUCCCGCUCUGCCACCAUCGUCAUUGCUUACUUGAUGAAGCACACGCGGAUGACCAUGACUGAUGCUUAUAAAUUUGUCAAAGGCAAACGACCAAUUAUUUCCCCAAACCUUAACUUCAUGGGGCAGUUGCUGGAGUUUGAGGAAGACCUGAACAAUGGUGUGACACCGCGAAUCCUUACACCAAAGCUGAUGGGUGUGGAGACAGUUGUGUGA